GAAUAAGUAAUUAGCCGGCCCCCCAGGUUGAGGGAACCAGGAAGCGGCUGCGGCCCAGGCGCCUCCCGUGGGACACGGACUGCGGGCUCUGGCGGACGCACAUAAGCUGCCAAGAUGAGGAGAUUUCUACGCUCCGGUCACGAUUCUGUGCGAGAGAGGCUCAAACGAGACCUGUUCCAGUUUAACAAGACGGUAGAACAUGGAUUUCCCCAUCAGCCCAGUGCCCUUGGUUUCAGCUGUGUCCUACGUCUUAUGGCAAUUGGUACUCGAUCUGGAGCAAUCAAAAUAUAUGGUUGCCCAGGAGUUGAAUUCAUGGGCCUCCAUGAUGAAAAUAAUGCAGUCAUCAAAAUAACCUUCAUCCCAAACCAGUGCCAACUUGUGACCCUACUGGAUGACAACAGUCUCCAUUUGUGGUCAUUCAAACAUCAUGAUGGUGUGUCCGAACUGCAGGAGGAGAAUAAAUUCACCCUACGUGGCCCUGCUGGUUCACCCCCCAGCGUCACACAAAUUAAAGUGCUGCUGGCACAUUCCUCUGGGGAGCGGUUAUACCUAGGUACGGAGGGAGGCACAGUCUUUACCUUGGCAUUACCAUCCAUGAAGCUGGUUGAAGCGAAAACCGUGGGACACGAGACAGCACUACAAGGUCUUCCAGAUGAAUACACAAACAGGCGACCUUUUGAGUCGGUAGAAGCUUUACAAGAGAAUCCUAGGAACCCAGACCAGCUGCUGAUUGGUUACAGCCGAGGGUUGAUGAUGGUGUGGGAUAUUACUAUGGAGUGUGCUGUACGGCAGUGUAUGGGCACACAGCACUUGGAGAAUGUUUUCUGGUGUCGUGAUGGGAAACAAAUAAUUAGUUGUCACAAUGAUGGUGGCUACAACCAAUGGCCUGGAAGUGGCGAUGGGGUACAGGAAUCUCCCAUGGAGAAGAAAGUACCAUAUGGUCCAUUCCGCUGUAAAGCAAUCUGCAAAAUAACCUGGCACUCGUCACGCAGAGGGUCACCAUAUAUUGUGUUCCAAGGUGGGAUGCCCAUGGCAAGUUAUGGAGACCGACACAGUAUCUCUGUUGUCCAUGGCAACCAGCAGACUGCAUUCGAUUUCACUUCCCGCAUCAUUGACCAUAUAGUGAUUGGCAGCUCUGAUCCCUCAGCAGAGUACGAUGACCCGCGUGCUCUGCUGGUACUCGCAGAAGAAGAAUUGGUGGCAAUUGACCUGCAGACACCUGGCUGGCCAGUGAUACAGUGUCCUUACCUUGUAUCUCUACACUGCUCUGCUAUUACCUGCUCGUACCAUAUAUCCUCUAUCCCUCUGAAGCUGUGGGAGAGGAUCAUCGCCGUUGGCCGGAAGCAGAACACUCACUACUCUAGUUUGCCCUGGCCAGUUGAUGGAGGCGUGAAUUUAGCUCCUGCACCACCACAGAGAGACUUACUACUUACAGGGCAUGAGGAUGGCACUGUGCGCUUCUGGGAUGCAUCGGGGGUGUGCCUGCAGCUUAUGUACAAGUUGAGCACCGUGGGCGUCUUUCAGACAGAUUCUGACCACAAUGACAAUCUCAACGCUCAUGGAGAGGACGACUGGCCCCCACUCAGAAAAGUUGGCUCAUUUGACCCAUACAGUGAUGACCCAAGACUCGGAAUACAGAAGAUUUAUCUUUGCAAGUACAGUGGUUACUUGUCUGUUGCUGGAACUGCUGGUCAGGUUUUAGUUCUGGAGUUGAAUGAUGAGAGUGCAGAGCAGGUGGUAGAAGAAACUGUGGUGGAUCUUCUGCAGGAACAGGAAGGCUAUCGCUGGAAAGGUCAUGAACAGCUACGUGUCCGGACAGACGCGGUCCGUUUUCCUCCAGGAUUCCAGCCAUUCUCUUUAGUGCAGUGCCAGCCUCCUGCUGUGGUCACUGCAAUGGCAUUGCACUCCGAGUGGAAACUACUAGCUUUUGGUACCAGUCAUGGCUUUGGCCUCUAUGAUUAUCAGCAAAAGCGUCAAGUGAUGGUCAAGUGUACAUUACAUGCUAGUGAUCAGCUUGCUUUGGAAGGACCUCUGUCUCGAGUAAAGUCUCUAAAGAAGUCUCUGCGUCAGUCAUUCCGCCGCAUCCGGAGGAGUCAGGUCAACAAGCGCAGAGCAGGAACUGACAGCAGAGUGCAGGAGGCCAAUGCCCGAUUUGAACAGGAGGCUCUGCGGGAGAUGGAGCUGGCCCCUGUGCAGCGAAGGAUUGAGGCUCGGUCAGCAGAGGAUUCCUUCACUGGAUUUGUGCGCACUUUGUACUUUGGGGACACCUUCCUUAGGGAUAGCUCUAGACAUUGUCCUUCUUUAUGGGCUGGCACUAAUGGUGGUACAGUGUAUGCACUUUCUCUACGGGUACCCCCUACAGAGCGACGGAUGGAAGAAGCUGUAACUGCAGCACAGGCCAAAGAGAUUCAGCUUCAACACCGCGCACCUGUGGUUGGCAUCCUUAUUCUGGAUGGCCAUGGCGUUCCUCUUCCGGAGCCUCUUGAAGCUGCACAUGAUCUAUCAAAGAGCCCAGACAUGCAGGGAAGCCACCAGUUGCUGGUCUUGUCUGAAGAACAGUUUAAGAUUUUUACUCUCCCCAAAGUCAGCAGCAAAUUGAAGCUGAAACUGACGGCCACAGAAGGGUGCCGGGUGCGUAAGGCUGCUGUGUGCUCGUUUAGCAGCUCUCGUGCAGAGGACCACUCGGAGAAUCACCUGAGUCUACUUACCAAUCUAGGAGACAUACAGGUGGUGUCUCUGCCUCAUCUGAAGCCUCAGGUGCGAUACGACUGCAUCCGCAAGGAGGAUGUAAGUGGUAUAGCAUCUUGUGUCUUCACGAAGCAUGGACAAGGUUUCUAUCUUAUCUCCCCUUCUGAAAUGGAGCGAUUUUCACUGUCUACGUGCUGGUUGGUUGCACCACGUUGUCGCGUGGACCCACCAGAACGUCCACGGAGUCGUUUGUCACAGAGAGACAACAGUACUGAACAGAAAAGUGAAAGGUCCAGGAUGAAUAGCCGCAGUGAUGGAGAUGCAGAUGCACACAGGAACCGAGGGCUGCUGAUGGAACAUGCGUUGCUAAACGAUGAAAAGACAUUGAAGGAGAUUCAGAGCACUCUGGAAGGAUCAAGAAUGAGCUAUGACGAAAGAAAUUCCAGACAGAUCCGAGUUGGAAGCAGACUAAGCAAUGGAGCAGCAGAAUGAAAUGCCUGACAGGACCUGCCAAUACCAUGCUGACUUUUUGGGUUUCCAAACCCAGUGCCAUUACACUACAAUACCUGGAGCCGGGCAUGCUGCAAGACGUUUCCUUUACUUCUUCGGACUCUUCCUUUGGCCAUAUAUCUGCACACACCUUUUUAUUGCUGUUUUUUUGGAGAAAAUUGUUUUUAAGUUAUAAAUCGUAUUGCCUUACUGUCUGUGCAGAGUACCCACCAUAGAAAAUGAGUUUUAUUUUAUUGUAAUUUUAAAACAUGUAUUUUAAAUUUUUUUUUUUUUUUUUUUUUUUUUUUUAAUUGUCCACUGUGGUAUAAAAAUAAGAUAUUUUGCAUUUUAUUGGAGUAUUUUUAGCAUCAAUUGUUUUAUACGUUGUAUAAGGCAGGGUGUGCUUUCAUGACAAGAUACCAGGAACCCAUUCUGUGACUGGGCUGCCUUACAGUCUAUUUUUGUAGAAUGUAACAAUUUGGUUGUUAUGUAAGUAUAUGUGGCCAAUAAAUAUGAACACUUGCCUUAA